AUGGCCCCGACCUCCCCGCGCGCAAAGAAGGGUGGAGUCGCGGCCCCCGCGGGCUACGGUUCCAUCCCUUCCGGCCCCAAUGCUCAGGCUGACGAGCUCGGCGACGGCUCCUUUCAGCAGUACCUCGAGACGUUCGGCAUGAAGAUGGAGAGCGACCCGUACCGCCUGGACAUCGCCAAGUUCAUCCUCGUGAGCCUGAUCGUGGCGGGUAACUUCGUGCAUCCCUUCGCGCAGCUGGGCAACAAGGUGGCGUGCGUCUUGGAGAACUUCGUCUCCAUCAUCAACGUCCCCGCGUACGUCUUGCUCACCGGCUACAUGAGCGCCACCACGAACAAGACGCGCCGCAGGUACAUAAUCGCGCACCUUCUGAUCCCGUACCUCAUCGUGCAGUCCAUCUACCUGGCGCUGUACAUCGGACUCUACUGGAACAACAGCUUCAGGUCCCACCCCAACGGCGUGGACAGGAAGCCCGGCAUGUUCACCGAUAACUGGACCCCGCAGCCCCACUUCAACGGACUCUCCAUGAUGACCCCGGUCAUGGACAACUGGUACCUCCUCGCGCUCGUCGGCUGGACCAUGUGGCGACCCUACGCCACCGAGCUCCGCCGCACCGUCAUCGUGCACGUGGUUUUCGGCUGUCUCAUCGGUUUCUCCCCGCUGGAGAGGUUCAUGUCCAUCCACCGCACCAUCGCCAUGAUGCCCUACUUCCUCUUCGGGCACAUGCUCCGAAGGAACAAGGUUUUCAUCCCUCCGGCCGCGACCAACGCCAUGAAGGCUGCGGCGGCGUUCGUCCUGUGCGUCAUUUUCGCGGGUUGCGUCACCGCGGUUUACGCCUUUGGCUGGCGCUCCAACGGCGUGUGGGAGCAGCAGAUCUCCUACCACGUCACCUGGGAGACGAAGUUCAGGUGGGGUCCUCUCAUUCAGCUCUUCGCCUACCUCACCACCACCAUCACCUCCGUGGCGUUCUUCGCCUUGAUUCCCCCCGCGUCCAAGGCGGGCGUGCGUGAUCUUUCCUCCAGCGAAGGGCACAAGGGUGAGUACCAGAACAUCAAGGAGAAGGACGUGGUUCAGAUCGGCGGGAGCAAGUACACGGUCGGUUCCCCCGACGACGUCGAGGAAGAGCUCGGCGCGGCGGGCGACCCGCUUCUGGUGCGGGGCCGCCGCAAGUACGACGCGGCCGAGCGCGAUCAGAUCAAGCCGGACGAGCUGGGUGGGGGCAAGAACUGGAGCGCGAUCUAUUACCUGCGCGUCUCCAAGUGGGGCUCCAGGUCCCUGUGCCCGCUCAUCUUCAACUUCCUCUUCAUGAUCCUCCUCGAGGUUUGCACCUACUACAACGACACCUGGACCCGCGGGAACAACUCCACCUGGGUCACCGUGCACUGCGUCAUCUCCCUGUUCCUCGGCUUCGCCGUCGCCACCGCGCUUUCCACCAGGCCCGCGUGCAUGUUCUUCGGUUGGAUCCUGUGCCCCCCGAUCAACAACGAUUGGAUCUUUGAGGAUGUGGACGUCGCGACGCUCGAGGACCCGGGAACCGAGUGAGUUUUGAAGCGAGAGUCGCGGACACGAGGAGGCGAGAUGAUCGGCAGCCCGCGGCUAAAUGUUCAUAGACACGCGAGAUGAUCGCAGCCGCGAGCAUGUAAAAUCAAAGACGCCCUGCGAUCACGGGCGCGAGACGAUGCGAGCACUGAAUCAACGCCGGUGCAGCUAACCCUUAGUCCCCCAUUGUUUUGCUAAACAAGAAAAAUCACUUCU